GCUCCCGCCUGAUGACCUAGCAGUUAGUGAACCACAGCUCCUUUGCGUAUCGCCGUCACCCGCGGUAAAUCGCUAACUAUCGUCGUACCUUGCCUCCGCCGCCAACGUUUACGCGGGCGUUUCACACAGCGAAAUCUGUCCGAGUACCCAUGGCGCUGUCGUCGGCGGUUUUGCGUGUGUCUUGCCAUCUGCGCCUGGCGCCCUCCCUAGCGCCGCUCUACGCGCCUCGUGCCCCUCGUCCGCGCACCCGCCGCUCCCCUUCACUCCACGUCGUCGCCGUUGGAUGGGACCCCGAGGGCAUUCUGGCGGCGCCGCAGCCGGGGCACAUAGCGCGGCGGCAGCAGCAGCAGCGCAUGGUGGACGACGAGCACGAGCGCGCCCGGCAGGAGGCGGCCGCCCGAGAAGAGGCCGCCAGGCGCAGGGAGGCGCGCGCUAGCCGCGUGGUGCCGGACUCAGACGAGGGCCUGGUGGAGUUCUUCCUCUCCACGGAACUCCCGGACAUGGAGGCCCAGAUCGCGCGCUGCCACCCGCGCCUCACGCCCGCGUUCUUCACAUCGCUGCGCACGGCCAUGGGGCAGCUGCGCUUCGCCGCGCGCCCCACUGCUGAUGACGCCGACCGCCUGGCGGAGCUGGAGGCGCUGGAGACCGUGCUGCAGGAGGGCAUAGCGGCGUACGACGCCCUGGAGAAGGCGAUGACGGGGGCGAGGGAGCGCCUGCACCGGCUGCUGGCGUCCAAGGACAAGCGCGCUGAGCUGCUGGCCAUGGCGGCCAGCGGGGAGCUGGACAGGGACCUGCUCACCCUGCUUGAUGAAAACAUCGCCGCCGCCACGCAAUCCAACCAGAAGGAGGCAGUUGAGUUCAUGGAGAAGCUGCGAGGAGGCGUGGUCAAGUACAUGGUCAAGGCGUGAGGGUCAAGGCGUGAGGGUCAAGGCGUGAGAAUGGACUGAAUGGUGUAGCAGCAUUGCAAGUGCUGCUCAUUCACACAAUGUAAAACUUUCAGCUGAAUAUGUUGUGUGAGGGGUUCGGGCUCGAACCUCAUUGGCGGUGGUGAUGAAUGCUGCUUUCGCCCCAAGCGCUUGACCCAGCACGUAACCUACCAUCUUUCUAGCCUGCUGAAUCCACCCCCUAGUGAUGUACGGAUUCCUGCUUGGGUGGGAGGGUCGGCGUUCAAAUUUUCAAACAAAAAC